AUGGUUAAGCGCCGGGACGAAGUCCACAAUGGCUUCGGGUGUUCGCUCAGAAGUGGAUCUGAAUUGAAUCGGGGUCCAGGACUAGGCGCCAAUAGCAGGAAGCAGCCUCAUGGAUGUGGAUAUGGAGAUGCAGAUGCAGGAUUUCUUGAGAUCGAUGGGGCAACCGCUCCACGUCUACGAGGCAGAUGA